CUCGAAACCUCACGUUAACAUCAGUCACUUUCCCUGUGCCAGGAGACAUUUCUCUGGACAGAAGGGCAUCUUCAUAAUGCAGGCUUCACCACUUCGUACCCUCCUUUCUCGGCGGCUGUGUUGCUGCCAGCCGUCCCAUCUACCAUACCAUCCUAGCUCGGUUGGCCGCCUUCUUUCAACCAGCACCAAGUCCAAUGCCUCCCAAACCGCAACUCCUUUGCCGACCUACGGGUCAUCCGAACUGCUAAAACGCCGUUAUCAGAAGCGAACCACGCCGCAAGAUGAUGCAAAGACGGAGCGAGCACAAACCAUAAAACGCAUGAAAUUGUCCGGUUUGGGUAUCGCAUUCUGUACACUGGCGAUCUUUGGCACAAUCGCCCUCUAUCCCCAGGAGGGACAGAAGAAGCAAGCAUCAGAAAAGACUGGGGUUGUUCAACUCGACGCUGCACCUUCUAUAGCAGGCACUGUCGAGAUUCCAAAGGACGCAGAAGGAGAAACAGUUCCGACUGGUACUUCCACAAUUCCAACCUUCCCCAAAACCAUAUACAUUUCGACCGACGCCCCCAGGUCUACCCCUGCUGCGGCCAACGAAGGAACACAGAAAGAUGUCGAGUAUCACUUGGUCGGUCUGGGUGUUCGUACAGUGUCUUUUAUCAGCAUCCAAGUUUACGUUGUUGGAUUGUACAUUGCGGUCAGCGACAUUGCAGGUUUGCAAGAAAGACUAGUCCACGCGGUGGCUGAUCCUGUUGCGACGACAUUGGUGCCAGGCGAGAAGGGCCAAUUACGAGAAUUCCUGCUGGAUCCUGAUCACGGCGAAGAGAUAUGGAAUGACAUUGUCAAGGACGGCCAAUUGCGAACGGCCUUCCGCAUAGUGCCCACCCGCAACACCGACUUCAUGCACCUGCGCGAUGGCUUUACGCGAGGCAUCACGGCACGCAGCUCUCAUUUCGCAAAAGACAAGCAAGAUCUUUCCUUCCAGGAUGAGACUUUCGGUAGCUCGCUCAAUGACUUCAAGCAGGCAUUCGGUGGCGGAGCCAGGAAAGCCCUGAAGAAGGGAGAAACCCUGCUGCUUUCGCGAGAUGCUCAAGGCAGAAUGACAGUGUGGGAAGAAGACUUGAAAGGUGUCCGCUUCAAGAUGGGAGAGGUCGCUGAUGAGAGAGUGGGAAGACUACUAUGGCUAAAUUACCUCGCCGGCAAGACGGUAGCCAGUGAACCCGCCAGACAAAGCGUGAUUGACGGUGUUAUGGAGUUCGUUGAACGGCCGGUCGGCACAGUCGCUACGCAGGUGCUAUAAUGUGUCAACCCAAGCAAUCAACAGCGUACGCGAAACGACUUAGCAAGGAAAUCCCCAGAUGCUUUUGUAUGAACAGGAUUGCUGUCAAACAUCUUUCAGUCUGUACAUACUUUCGGACCGCUCAAAAGUUGUUUUGCCAAACAACUGAUUCUGGUUCCUGGGGUCCGGAAUUGCGCAGCAGGGCCUACUUACCUCACAUCUAUUGUCUUCUUUGACUGUGAUUUUAUCAAUGAUACUGACAAACAAUCCCCAUG